AUGGCUCAUACUAGGGUUGAAGAAAACCCAGGUGAAUUUAGAGUUAACGAUGAAAUUUUAUUUUGUAAUUUUUGUGAUCACUCAAUAGACUGGGUACGAAAGUUGACAGUUGAUGACCAUCUUAAUA